UUUUUUUAACCACGUGACGCGCGGUGCCCGGCCCGGCAGCCCUUACGGGAGCCCGAUGGGGUCAAUCCUGCCGGGCUUCGCCUCUUACCUGCCGCUGGGCUGAGGGCGCCGCGCGCCGCUUGACGCCCCGCCGCGGGACCGGCCCCGGCCCCGGGCCGCGUGGGGAAUGAGUGGGGCUGCGUUCCCAUCGCCAGCUGCCGAGAUGGCAGAGAUUAAUCGCCUUCAGUACGAAAUGGAGUACACUGAAGGAAUCAGCCAGCGCAUGAGGGUCCCAGAAAAACUCAAAGUAGCUCCUCCAAAUGCUGACCUUGAGAAGGACAUCCCAGAAGGAUUCCCAAAUGCCAGUGUAACAAUGCAGGUUCCAGAGCGGAUUGUAGUGGCAGGUAACAGUGAAGACAUCCCACUUUCCAGACCACCAGACCUUGACCUUCUUCAGUCUACUCCAUUCAAACCACUGGCAUUGAAAACUCCUCCCCGUGUUAUUUCUCUUAGUGAUCGACCACUAGAUUUUUUGGACCUAGAAAAACCUCCACAGCAGACGCCUCAGAACGAAGAGGUUCGCUCAGUAGGAAGACUGAAAAGAGAACGCUCCAUGAGCGAAAACGCCACUCGGCAGAAUGGCCAGCUGGCCCGAAAUGAUUCCCUGUGUCACAGAUCAGAUACUGUCCCAAGAAAUAAAAUGCCACGGUUCCAGUCACCUCUUUCGACUAAGGAUUGCACUGUGACACCAUCACUGCAACAGGCUCGUGUCUGUCCUCCCAAUAUGUUACCUGAAGAUGGAACUAAUCUUUACUCUGCUCGUGGCAUUUUGUCGUUUAUCCAGUCUUCCACUCGUAGGGCUUACCAGCAGGUCUUGGAUGUGCUGGAUGAAAAUCGCAGGCCAGUGUUACGUGGUGGGUCAGCUGCUACCACUUCCUCUAACCCUCAUCAUGACAACACCAGAUACGGUCUUUCCAACAUGGAUACAACGCUUGAGGGAACACCAGAUGACAUGACUGUUGUAGAUGCUGCUUCCUUAAGAAGACAGAUAAUCAAACUUAAUCGGCGUCUACAACUUCUGGAAGAAGAAAACAAAGAGCGUGCUAAGAGGGAAAUGAUAAUGUACUCAAUUACUGUAGCUUUCUGGCUACUCAAUAGUUGGCUUUGGUUUCGGCGCUAGACACAGCUCUCCCAGAAAACUUAGUAGUUGAAAAUACAAACAAAAUUUGCAAAAUUAUUUGUUUCUGUUUCUGAAUUGUAUGCUGUUUUAUAAUUCAUACACUGGAAACUACCACCACAGAAAAAGGCUGUAGAAUUGCAGUGUUAAAGGGACACCUUGUUGUUCAGUUAUACUGUAUUUAAUAGAUUUGCAUUGCAGAUACUUGCAGUAUCCUCCUUUGCAUGCUUCAAUGUAAAUAUGCAUCAGCUGAUUUUGAGAUGAAGUUUGCUUCAUGCAAUGUAAGGACAGUGACCUACAGGAAUAAUCACUGGAUGUUUUCUUGUGGUGGGAAGAGAAGAAAUGGAAUGGGUUUGGGGGAAAAAAAUCAAAACAAAGGAAUAAAAAGUAGUUAUUGUUUAAUUGCAUCUAACAACAGAACAUUAUUGCACUAGUUUUCCUUUAGUCUGUCUAGUUUCAGAGGUGUGCCAUAUUCAAGGAGUAUGUGUCCUGUUUCAUGAGUGUGUUCCUUGUUUAAGCACAUGUUCAGGUCAAAUAAUAAAAGGUGGUCUUUGCUAACAUGCA